GAGCUGGCAAAGCACACACGUUUAAUUGGCGUUGAGGAGUUAUAACCUUGAAUAUCGCCCUUGAAGGUGUCGCCAAAAAAAAAAAUGGCAGUCAAAAUCUCUACAAUCCUAGUGAUUGCGUUACUUGCUUGCGAUUGUUGGAGUAAAGCUGAAGCAAAAUUCCAUCCUCGAUUUUUAUUCAAGUCACUUAUAAGUAAAGUCCCUAAAGAAGCCAGCACCUUUCGCAGGAAUGCGGUGGAGACUGAAGAAGUUCCUCGUCCGACACCUGUACACUUUGGAUGUUUCUUGGGCAAAAAUCUUCAGCUGCUCAACAAUACUAUUAUUGACGAUAAUACGAAUGCUGCUUGCCAGAAGUAUUGCUAUGACAUGAAGCACAUGUUUUCAGCCACUCAUGAUGAUACUUGUGGCUGCUUAAAAGACCAUCCUGAAAAGGAAUUAUCGGGUCCACAACACGAUAGUACGACAAUGUUGGCUGAUGAUUCUGUCCAUGAUUGCACAGCUCCUUGCCCAGGUCAUGCCACUAACAAGCCUGAGUGUGAAAAGAAAUUCUGCUGUGGGGGUCCUGGGGCGUUCACGGUUUACCAAAUUGGAGGGAUGAAAUGUCAUUCUCUGGCAGUGAUUAAAGUCCUCAAAGAUUACAACGUCGACGUAGAACAAUCACAUUUUACUCCAGUGUUGAAUGAGAUAAAUAGAAAAACACAAAUCCCAAUGGAAGAAUUGAAAAAAGAGAUUAAGAAACCAGCAGAACCAGCAGACUAUAAAGUAUUGUUGAAGGAACUGACUCAAAGCAAAGUUUCUCAAGGUGCAAAUGCUGACAAAGGAUGGAGAAAUCAAUGGAAAGAUGUCGUCGGUAUCCAAGACGAUGUUCAAGCUGACAAGAUUCCAAAUGCCAAUGCUUGCUGUUCGCCAGACUGUGAUUGGUUGCUGAAUUUUUUGGAAAUAGACAAGACUGUUGUAAAGUGUGUAGAUUAAAAUGAUAACUAACAGACCUCCAAAUAGUGCGAGGGUGGACCCAAAAUGUUUGG